AGCAGCAGGUCUUUCUAACCCAUCUCUGGUCACAAUCACCAUGUGCGUAUAUAUAGGUGGUUGCUUACUGUGAGAUACUCUACUUCAACCAGCAAGAUGAGGGGGUUACUGGUUUUGUCCGCUCUUUUUGUGGCCGUGUUUGGCAAAGUGACUUUUGAGGGAGACCAGGUUUUUCGGAUCACUGCAAAAGAUGCAGAGCAGAUCGCUCUCCUGAAGGAACUCCCUGAAGAGAUGCUCGGGCUGGACUUCUGGAUGCCACCUUCUCGUGCGUCCCUGCCCGUGGAUGUUCGUGUCCCGUUUGAAAGCCUCCAGGCUGUCAGGGCGUACCUGGCAUACCAUCAGAUCCCGUAUCAUGUCAUGAUUGAGAACGUCCAGGCUCUUUUGGAUGUGGAGCAACGCCAGAUGGUGCAAUAUCGUAACUUUCCCAGAAGUACCGAUGACUUUGUCUACACCACCUACCAUGACCUGGACUCUAUUCACGGUUUCAUGGACAUGCUUGUGGCAGAGAACCCUGAUCUGGUCAGCAAAACUGAGAUUGGUAAGAGCUACGAGGGCCGUCCCUUGUACCUCCUGAAGUUCAGCACUGGAGCGAGCCGUCCAGGAAUCUGGAUCGACACUGGUAUUCACUCCAGAGAAUGGAUUACCCCAGCCAGCGCACUCUGGUUUGCCAAGAAGAUCGUGACUGACUAUGGACGUGAUCCCAUCCUCACCGACGUCCUUAACAGCCAUGACAUCUUCUUGGAGAUCAUUGCCAAUCCUGAUGGUUUCGCAUACACCCAUAGCAAUGACCGCAUGUGGCGUAAAACCAGAAAGCCAAACCCUGGCUCCAGCUGUGUUGGCGUUGACCCCAACAGGAAUUGGGAAACUGGCUUUGGAGGGCCUGGAGCCAGCAGCAACCCAUGCUCUCAGACCUACCAUGGACCCAGUGCUCAUUCUGAGUCUGAGGUCAAGGCCAUUGUGGACUUUGUGAAAUCUCACGGCAACCUCAAGACCUUUGUGUCCAUCCACAGCUAUUCCCAGAUGCUCCUCUAUCCAUAUGGAUACACAAGCUCUCCUGCACAGGACCAGGCUGAACUGCAUGAACUUGCCAGAAAGUCCAUCACUGCUCUGGAAUCUUUAUAUAACACUGCCUACACAUAUGGCAGCGUCAUUACUACCAUCUACCAAGCCGAUGGAAUCACUAUUGACUGGACCUAUGCACAGGGCAUCAAGUACUCCUACACCUUUGAGCUGAGAGACACCGGCUUCCACGGUUUCCUCCUGCCUGCCGAACAGAUCGUCCCCACUGCUGAGGAGACCUGGCUGGCCCUGAUGGCCAUCAUUGAGCACACCAAAAAUAAUCCAUAUUAAACAUAUGGUGAUAUUUCUGUGAUGAGCCAAACUGCAUAAAAAAAGGGUUAAUAAAAAACAAAUAAUCAAGCACAGAUAAUGUACAAUGGGCUGGUCACUAUAGCAGAAAAGGUUUUUUUUUUAUUGCCAUAAUGACUGUCAGAUUGUAGAUUAUUCUGCGUAUUACACUGCUUCUUAACAAAUAGUAAAUAAAUACACUGACAUGAAAAAUUAA